AUGACUCUGCCAAUUAUUCGCGUCCAUUGGCUUAAUGAAUCCCGCGCUUUCAGAGUUCUGUGGUUGUUGGACCACUUAAAGCUGGACUAUGAAAUCAUUCCAUACAUGAGAAAUGAAGGCUUCCGUGCCCCUGACGAACUCAAAAAGAUCCAUCCAUUGGGAAGAUCGCCUCUCUUAGAGCUUGAAGAUAAGCACACUGGUAAGAAAAAGGUACUCGCUGAGUCAGGAUACAUUUUCAACUACAUUUUGAAGCAUUUCGACAGCACCAACUUGUUGGGCAACAGUGACCCGGACAUGGCCGAACAGAUCGAGUACUACCUUUACUACUCCGAGGGAUCGUUGCAACCUCCGUUGAUGAUUGAAUUUCUGCUGUCGAUGGUUAAAAAAGCACCUAUUCCAUUCCCCAUUUCCUACCUGGCUGGCAAGAUUACCGAUAAAAUCAGCGAUAAAUACUCCAAAGGUGAAGUUAAAAACCAAUUAGAAUUUAUUGAUGCUGAACUAGUCAAGAAUCGGGGCUACCUGGUGGAUGGAAAAUUAAGUGGCGCAGAUAUCAUGCUGUCGUUCCCGCUACAAAUGGCAUUUUCGCGCGGUUUUGCCACAAAAGAAGCAUAUCCCAAUAUCCACAGGUGGCUAGAAGAUAUAACAUCUACAGAAUCAUAUUCUUCUACUAAGAAAAAGGCCAAUUCUUACGGUGGAAAGUUUUAG